CUGGCGGCAGUUCAUCAAACUCUACCACAACUCCCGGUGGAUCAAUAUCCCUUCUAAAUAUUUCCUUUAACCUGUUAUACUUCUCUUUAUCUAUAACAAUUGCUUUCACAUUUUCUGUGAAAAUCUCCAUAUUGGUUAUUGAUCGAUUCAGGGCUAUGAAAAAUGAAUUGUGUUUGUUUGCAUUUGAUGAAGUUUUACAUAAAUUAUUUAGAUUAUUUCAUACUCUGCAAUCUAAUUCAUUCUGGGUUUUUUGAACUCCCACUAAAAAUAUGCUUAAUUCAACAUUAAUAGAGCUAACAGAUUUAGCCCUAGGUCAGCUCUGAGUAAGAACAAAAUAUGAUCAAAAGCAUUUCAGCUGUUUUCAAAGUUAAAUUUAGACCAAAAUUGAGAAAAAUUCAAAUCAAAAUUAGUAAAAAUUUAUGUUUUAUUUUAUUAAAGCAUAUUAUGCUUCAAGUUGAAUUUAAUUUAUGAGAAUAAUGCAAUUUAGGAUAAUUAUAUUUGUUGACAGGUUUUAACCUGAAAAGUGUACAGCUUCAUUCACCUGUUAUUUAAACACAUCUGCCUCAAGAAAUUGAAAUAUUUGUAUUCACUUUGUUAAUACAAACAUUUCUUAGGUUAAUCAAGCCUCACCAGGGGUAAUAGUUUGUCUAUAGCCUUGUUAAAUAUCCCAGUAUUAGAACAUUACUGUGGAUCAAAGUUUUGUCACAUAGUGACAUUAAAAGCUAAAAAUAGAUUCAACUGUCACUGAAUGAUGAAAUGAAAUCACCAAGACUUCAUCAAAUGACUUAACCCAUAAAGCACUGGGAUCUGCACUUACAUGGCAUGGACUGCUGAGCACAUUUUAUGAAAAUAAGACUAUCAUAAAAAACAAAAAGCCUGACUGGCUCCUGUGCCAGUGGCAUGUAAAAAGCACCAUCCAAAUGUGAUCGUUGCCAGGCCCUGCUGACUGGCUCCUGUGCCAGUGACACGAAAAAAGCACGCACUACAAUCUCGGAGUGGUUGGCAUUAGGAAGGGCAUCCAGCUGUAGAAACAUUGCCAGAUCAGAUUGGAGCCUGGUGCAGCUGCUGGCUCUCCAGAGCUCAGUUAAACCGUCCAACCCAUGCCAGCAUGGAAAGCGGACGUUAAUCGAUGAUGAUGCUGAUACCAUAAUUUCCUAUACAUGUAACCAAAGAACAUGUUUUUAAAGGCUACACAUUGUAUCUGAUAUAAAUACUUUAUGAAAAAUCGCUUCACCACUUGCAACACCCAGCGCCCUCUUGUGACUUUAUGUAUCUGCAAGGGGACGCAACCACUGAAGUUGUAACGUUUCACAUCGAAACUGCGGUUAAAGGUAUAAAGUCAGCUUCACUUGUUCAUUGUAUUACAUUAGGAUAUUAUUGACGAAGAAAAGUGGUGCUCUUUGAAUGUUGGUGUUGUGUAAAAUUCGUAAAACAUUGGUAAACCUCAUUCUAACAGAUAUUUACUUCGGUAAAAACGUAUAACACACUAAUUUACUGUCUGCAUGUGAAAACGAAUACCAGACAGCAUCAGCAUUGAAGAUAGAUUGUCAAUAUUUAUAACCUUUUAAAGAUUUUAGUAAAAUGUCAUGCCGAAAAACUGAGAAAUAUUUCUUGUGAGAGUGACAUUCUUUUCCUUCAUUGCCUUCGAAUAUAUACAAGCUGAUUAUGGGUUCCAUUUAAAUUUGCAAGAAUUAUCAAAGAACAUUGCAGUAAUAAAGUUUUGAUUAACAAAUGAAAAAUAUCCAUAUCUAGUCCUGAGAAAAGAAGAUAUAGUAGAAUGGAUUUCCCUGAAGAAUUGCCAAAAGCAACUGGAGAAUCAUCAUACCACUGUGAUAUCUGUAAAAAGUCAUUCUCUCUGAAAAGUAAGCUUGCUACUCAUAAAUGUAUUGACAAAAAAGAGAAAGCAAAGAAACGACAUCAUUGUGAUAUCUGUGGUAAAUCAUUCACUCUAAAACUUAACUUAACUGAACAUAGAUAUCUCCAUACAGGAGAGAAGCCACACAACUGUGAUAUCUGCGGUAAAUCAUUCACUCGAUCACGUACAUUAAUUACUCACAAACAUCUCCAUACUGGAGAGAGACCUCACAGCUGUGAUAUCUGCGGUAAAUCAUUUUCUCUAAGAGGUCACUUAGUUGGUCACAAACGUACUCAUACAGGUGAAAGGCCAUAUCACUGUGACAUCUGUGGUAAAUCAUUCUCUCACACUAAUGGCCUAACUCGCCACAUACGUAUUCAUACAGGAGAGAAGCCAUAUCAGUGUAAUAUUUGUGGUGAAUCAUUCUCUGACAGAGGUAAUUUGACUAAACACAAAAUAAUUCAUACGGGAGAGAAGUCAUACCACUGUGAUAUAUGUGGUAAGUCAUUCUUUCAAAAAGUUCAUUUAAAUUCACACAAACGUAUUCAUACUGGAGAGAAGCCAUAUCAGUGCAAUAUCUGUGGUAAAUCUUUCAGUAAUGGUAGCACAGUAACUAUUCAUAAACGUAUUCAUACAGGGGACGAACCAUAUCACUGUGAUAUUUGUGGUAAGUCAUUCACUUAUAAAAGAAAAUUAACUGUUCACAAACGUUUUCAUACAGGGGAAAAACCGUAUCACUGUGAUGUAUGUGGUAAAGUAUUUGUUGAUGGUAAUACUUUGACUAAACACAAACAUAUUCACACAGGAGAGAAAUUAUAUCACUGCGAUAGCUGUGGUAAGUCAUUCAGUUGUAGAGGUAAAUUAACUGUUCACAAACGUAUUCAUACAGGGGAAAAGCCUUAUCACUGUAAUAUCUGUGGAAAAACAUUUACUCAAACAAGUCAGUUAACAACACACAAGAGAGGCUUGCAUACAGGAGAGAAACCAUAUACCUGCAAUACCUGUGGUAAAUCUUUCUCUGAUGGAAGUGGAUUAACUGUUCACAAACGUAUUCAUACAGGGGAAAAGCCUUAUCACUGCAAUACCUGUGGAGAAACAUUUACUCAAACAAUCCAGUUAACAUUACACAAGAAACAAUUGCAUACAGGAGAGAAAUCGUAUACCUGCAAUAUCUGCAGUAAAUCUUUCUCUGAUGGAAGUGAAUUAGCUGUUCACAAGUGUAUUUAUUCAAGUGACGAACUAUUUCACUGUGCUAUCUGUGAUAAAUCAUUCCCUGGAACAAGUGAAUUAAUGUUGCACAAGAAACACACUCAUUCUCAAGAAAAACCAUAUCACUUUAAUAUCUGUGAUAAAUCAUUCAUUUCUGGGAGCACAUUAACUAUCCACGAACAAACUCAUACUGGGGAGAAACCUUUUCAGUGUGAUAUCUGUGGUAAAUCAUUUAGUCAUAGAUGUACAUUAACUCUUCACAAACGUAUUCAUACAGGGGAAAAUAUACAUCAUUGUGAUAUCUGUGGAAAAUCAUUUACUACUUCAAGUGCAUUAAAUGUUCACAAACGUAUUCAUUCAGGGGAGAAGCCAUAUCACUGUGACAUUUGUGGUAAAUCAUUUAGUCAUGAAUAUACAUUAACUGUUCACAAACGUAUUCAUACAGGGGAAAAAUUACAUCAUUGUGAUAUCUGUGGAAAAUCAUGUACUACUUCAAGUGCAUUAAAUGUUCACAAACGUAUUCAUUCAGGGGAGAAGCCAUAUCACUGUGACAUUUGUGGUAAAUCAUUUAGUCAUGAAUGUACAUUAACUGUUCACAAACGUAUUCAUACAGGGGAAAAUAUACAUCAUUGUGAUAUCUGUGGAAAAUCAUUUACUACUUCAAGUGCAUUAACUGUUCACAAACGUAUUCAUUCAGGGGAAAAGCCAUAUCACUGUGACAUUUGUGGUAAAUCAUUCAUUGGAGCAAGUCAGUUAACGUUACACAGAAGAUGCAUUCAUACAAAGGAGAAACCAUAUCAUUGUGAUAUCUGUGGUAAAUCAUUCGUUCACCGAAGUUCACUAAAUCUUCACAGACGUAGUCAUACUGGGGAGAAACCGUAUCACUGUGAUAUCUGUGGUAAAUUAUUUGCUUAUAGAAGUGCAUUAACUUGUCACAAACGUAUUCAUACAGGGGAAAAACCAUAUCACUGUGACACCUGUGGUAGAUCGUUUGCUUAUGCAAGUGCAUUGACUGUUCAUAAAUAUAUUCAUUCAGAAGGAAAGUCAUAUGACUGUGGCAUAUGUGGUAAGUCUUUCACAAAAGCAAGUCUCUUAACAACACACAAGAGAUACAUUCAUGCAACGGAAAAUGUAUUUCGUUGUGAUAUCUGUGAUAAAUCAUUCACUUAUAGAUACGUAUUAACUGUUCACAAACGUAUUCAUACAGGGGAUAAACCAUAUAACUGUAAUAUCUGUGGUAAAUCAUUCCUUCAAACAGGUCAGUUAACGAGACACAACAAAUCUCAUACAAGAGAGAAAGCAUAUCGCUGUGAUAUCUGUGGUAAAUCUUUCUCUCAGGCAGGUCAUUUAACUGUUCAUAGUCGUACUCAUACAGGCGAGAAACCAUAUCACUGUGAGAUGUGUGAUAAAUCAUUCUCUCAAACAGCUCAUUUGAUAAAUCAUAGACGUAUUCAUACAGGAGAUAGACCCUAUAAGUGUGAUAUUUGUGGUAAAUCUUUCUACCAAAAUAGUGAUGUAACUAAGCACAAACGCAUUCAUACGGGAGAAAAGCCAUAUCGGUGUAAUAUAUGUGGCAGAUCAUUCUCUGUAAGUGGCACUUUAACUAGUCACAAAUACAUUCAUACAGGAGAAAAACCAUAUCACUGUGAUAACUGCGGUAAAUCAUUUUCUCAAAAUUCUGCUUUAACCAAACACAAAUGUAUUUGUUUUGACAAAAAACUACAUCACAAUGAUAUCUAUAAUGAAUGACUCAUCUGCUAAGAUUACACAAUGUGAAGUGGGUGGUAAAUGAGCAAAGACAUCGGCACUCUAAUGUUGCUAGCAACAUAUCAGCCUCUUGUGUGCUGGUUCCACAAUAAAAUACAUUCUUGUUGUGAUUAGAACACCUCAUUGUAAACAAUAUUCCUUGUUUUUCCUUGUGGAGCAUAUGCAAAUAGGUUUGUUUCGCUUCCCAGUGAAAUUGAUGGUGAUGGUUAGGGCAGCCAAAUCAACUCGCAAAGCUUAGGUUGGCCUGAGGCUAUAGUGGAAGACACUUGCCCAAGGUGCCAUGCAGUGGGACUGAACCUGGGACCAUAUGGUAGGGAAGCUAGCUUACUACACAGCAGAUUUAUGUAAUUUUGAUGUAGGACGUUUUUAUCAUAAAAUCAGUGGUGACCUUGUGUGUGUUGGUUUCAAAAGGUUUUAUUUUAUUAUUAU